AUGAGUACCGCCGCCAAUGACCGCCGUUUUGCCGCCCUGGUCGAAUGGAAUAAAGCCAAAGGCGGGCUGCUGAAUCCUGCAGUCGAAAUUUAUAAUGAUCCCAUCACUAAUGUGUCGCUUCGGGCCAAGGAGGUCGUUACCCUAGACGCCGAUGGUCACUGCGCCAUAGUGAGCUGCCCCUUGUCCACCACUCUCUCCGUCCUCAACGCCUUGACGGGAAGGCCACUUUCGAUAUCGAGUUCUGGAGAGAAUGGAACUCAAGAACAAUCAGAGCCAGCCUUCCCGGACCACUUCCUCCAAAAUGUACCCCCGCACGUCGUCAGCCGCUUCUUCCUGAUCCAGCAGUACCUCCUUGGCCCCAAAUCACACUGGCACCCCUACAUCGCCUCCCUCCCGCAACCAGAACAUCUUGCAUCCUGGAACCUGCCCCCUUUCUGGCCCGAGGAGGAUGCUGCAGUCCUGGCUGGCACCAAUGCCGGCGUUGCGGCCGACGAGAUGGCCGACAUCGCAGGUCGCGAGUCCAAGCAGGGCCGGCGGGCGCUGAGGGACUCGGGCCUCGAUAACUGGCGGGAGUAUAGCCCGCUGCUGUACCGAUGGGCAUACUGCAUCUUUACGAGUCGUAGCUUUCGGCCCAGUCUCGUGGUUCCCCCGGCGGUAUGGGAGUCGUUGAAGAUCGAGCAUGCAAAGUACCUGGACGGGUGUGAGAUGGACGACUUUUCGAUCCUGAUGCCGUUGUUCGAUAUUGCAAAUCAUGAUCCGCUGGUCCAGGCUACUUGGGAUAGUGAAUCUAUCCCCGGUGAAUGUAGACUUCUAGUCAAUGGCCGAAAUGGACAGGGCUAUAAACCAGGCGAGCAGAUCUUUAACAAUUACGGGCUUAAGACCAACAGCGAGCUGCUAGUGGCCUAUGGCUUUGUGCUCCCAGAGUCUGAUGACCUGCAUAACGACUACGUCCACGUACGGCUGCAGACCCAAAACUCUGGGGAUGAAACCACAGAAAAAAGGCCGACCAAACCUCGCGACUUCCUUAUAUCCCUCGAUUCGUUGUCCAGUCACAGGUCGGUAGUUGGUCGUGCGCGCCAGUGGAUCCACGAUAGGCAAGGGCUCAGAAAUGACUUUGCGCACUGCCAAGACGCCCUCCUAUGGCUCUUUUGCGAGGCGUAUCUACGGGAACAGGGGCUGGAUCACGCUGGAAAAGUAGCCCGGCUCGCUGGCAUCCUCGCAGAUCCGUCACCAGCAGAACACGAAGAGUUGAUAGAGUCGUUACGCGAAUUUCUCCUCAACAAGCUGCAGUCCGACUACGUCAAGAUAUCUGCGGAAGGUUGCGAGGCCAUGGAGACGCUGUUGGCCGAAUGCGACGGCGACGAUGAAGCAGAGGGCUCAAUCAGCGACAAUCAAGCCCUGGCGAUACGGUACCUGCAGGCCGUUGUGCGGGUGAUUCAAAAUGCUAUGGUGGCGCUGGAUCCGAGCAUAUCGUUUCAGCAUGCGCCUGAGGAUGGAGAGGAAGAGGAAUAG